GUGCUUUGUUUACGUUUUGUGCAAUCGCGGGGAGUGAAAAGUUACACGACGGCAAAAUUAUCAAAAUUUAAUAUUAUUUCGUUUAUUCGGUGCAAUAUUGCAGAAAUAUCAGUCUAUCUGGUGCAACAAUAAGUAGUGUAAUGAUGAUGGAUGACCCACAGAAGGAGGACUACAUCCAGAAACGCUUGAACAAAAUUCUGGAAACCCGCAUCGAAACCGACCGGGAGACGUUGGAUGCGUUGGCGGAUUUGUCGCAGUUUUAUACGGAAAAUACGCUGCAAUCGAGGCGGAAUCUACGAAGCCAGAUCGAGCGCCGUAGUUUGGCCAUCAACGAGAACUUUCUAGCAUCUUUCCGGGAGGUAAAAUUGGCACUCGAUGACAUCUGUGCGGAUAUCUCUGCCAUUGGUCAGUCUGUCGAGGGCAUGAAAGCUCAACUGAGCAACACCGAAGCGCAACAGAAGGAGCUGAUCCAGCAAGCCAACACGCUCCAGGAAGAGAACAACAAACUCCUACUUCAGCAAAGAAUCGCUUCCGGAUUUCUUUCUCGUUUUCAGCUUUCGGUUGCCGAACAUCAAACUCUGUACGGUGUCAAUCGCGACGAUCCGAUAACGGCCGAGUUUUUCAAUGUGCUCGAUCACGUUCAAAUGAUCCACUCCGAUUGUAAAACUUUGCUCCAGAGCGGAUAUCAAACGGCUGCUCUGGAUAUUAUGGAAGAGAUGACGCUUCACCAGGAAGCGGCGCUAGAGCGGCUAUAUCGGUGGACACAGAGCCAUUGUCGUAGCGUUGAUACCAAUGAGAUCGGCAUGUUGGUAAUUCAAGCAAUGGCUAGACUACAGGAACGACCCGUUUUGUUCAAAUACGUAAUCGAUGAGUAUUCCACGGCCAGAAGAUCGGUUGUUGUUCGAAGCUUCAUCGAUGCACUAACGGUUGGUGGUCCGAAUGCAAAACCAAUAGAAAUGUUAGCACAUGAUCCCAAGCGUUAUAUUGGUGAUAUGUUCGCCUACAUUCACCAAAUCUUGCCGGUAGAGAGGGAAAACCUGCUGAUGUUGGUCAAAAUGUGCGAUAAGGACAUUACCGAACAGACUCAGCUGGCAAUGACUAACAUUUCCGAUGGGCUGUGUCAUCCCUUGCGAGUUCGCGUUGAAAUGAUUCUGAACACGGAGAAGGAUACUAUUGUUUUGUAUUCGAUUUCUAACUUGAUAAGAUUUUAUCAGAACAUAAUCAAUAACGUCGUCAAAGGUGGUCAACUGGAACAGUGCAUUGCUGAUCUUCAAACACAUUCCGAGAGCUCAUAUCUCAGCUCACUAACCUUCCAGGUGAAACAACUGCUGCAAGGACCAAAUGAACACAAGCUAGGCCUAGAACCUCCUCAAACCGAUCUUGUCCCAUCACCCAGCGUUGCAAAACUGCUAAACUUGUUGAAGGAAAUCCUCUCGGUAGCCAGCAUGGUCGAGGGUAGCCAAUCGGACAUCCUAAAAAUAGUAUCCUGCGUAAUCGACCCUCUCCUCCAAUCGAUCCAGGAGUCGGCCUCGCACCUUCCCACUACGGAUAUGGCAGUUUAUUUGCUGAAUUCGUUGUAUCAAAUCGAAAGCGUUCUCACCAUCUACGAAUACAUGGAAGAUCGGCUGGAACGGCUGCAGUCUCAAUCUGACGCCCAGUUGGAUACGUUGACGUCGGAGCAAGCCUCAUCGUUGGUGGCCAAUCUGAACCUUGGUCCGAUCUACACCGUUCUGCAAAGCAGUGCUGCCAACAUCGAGCAGCGCCAUUUGCAAAUGUUUAUGUCCAAGCUAGAUAGUUUUCUGGAGAUGCCGGAAAUACUGCUGUUGCCACAGGUUAACCUGUUGCUGAGUGGUAACCAUCGGGCCACCGUGCAGAAACGAUCCUUCAAUGUGAUCGUUGCUAUCUACAAGCAGAUAUACGAGCGCAUUCACGAUCCCAGCAGCGGAUACGAACAACCGGAGGUGGUGUUCUCGAAAACUCCCGAACAGGUGGCGGAACUGCUGUGCGGAUAAGGUGAGCAAGAGUAUAAUAAACGUAAUAUAUGUGAUCGUU